UGUUUACCCAGUAUAUCAAAAGUACUCAAAAGACCUCAAAAGGGUGCCAAGAACAUCAGUGUAUUUUCAAGCCUAAACCUUUAUUGUGCGAUUGAUUACACUACCUCUAGUUCUAGUAUGUCAUCCUUAAGGGUUUUGACGUGUCGUGGAUCUAGCCAUUGGAAAACAAGGAUAAACAAUAUAAACAGAACUCUCCUAUUGACAAAACAUCAACAGCAGCAUCUACCAACAAGGCAUUUGAUACGGUGUCUAUCACAAAUCGUUCACUCACCAUCACCUCCACCCUUUGAUUCUAAGGUUGGGUUUAAUGAUUACGAGAAAGAACAUGCUGAAUUUCGCCCUUCUUUGCCGAGAUUUUACAACUUUGCUAAUGUUCUUGAUGAAUGGGCUAAAAAGGAAGAGUCUGGUGAGCGAACUCGCAAUGUGCCCGCUUUCUGGUGGCUUGAUGAAAAUGGCAAGGAAAUCAAGUGGUCUUUURAGGAGCUCGCUGUUAAUUCAAAACGAACGGCCAACCUUCUGACAGAUGGAUGUGACGUAAGAAGAAAGGAUCGUGUUAUGGUAAUCUUACCCAGGCUCCCCGAGUGGUGGCUCUUGAACAUCGCAUGUAUGAGGACGGGGAGUGUCAUCAUUCCUGGAUCAACACAGCUAAGAUCUAAAGAUAUUUUAGCAAGGUUACUCGUUUCAAAGGCAACGUGUAUUGUAGCAGAUUCUGAAACUGCGRAGCUGGUUGAUGAGGUGGCAGGUUUGGUUCCUCAUUUGGAAACAAAACUCAUUCUAGGGGAAUCUAUGGAGGAAGAAAACAGAAAAGGAUGGCUACCGUUUCAGAAGCUUUACGAGCAAGCUUCAGCUACACACGAGUGUGCCCCAACACUAAGUGACGAAACAAUGACGUUUUUCUUUACAAGUGGUACAACAGGAAUGCCUAAAAUGACCAACCACUCGCAUGGCAGCUAUGGACUAGGACACGUCAUAACGGGAAAGUACUGGCUAGACUUGGGUCAGGAUGAUGUGCAUUGGACCAUUUCUGAYACGGGUUGGGCUAAGUGUGCUUAUGGGUGCCUUUUUGGACCUUGGAACCAAGGAGCCUGCGUGUUCAUCUACAAUGCGCAAUUUGAAGCCAGGAACGUUCUUAAGAUACUUGAGAAGUACCCCAUCAACACGUUAUGUGUGCCUCCUACUGGGUACCGUAUGAUGGUCCAACAUGACCUGAACGAGUUCACAUUUUCUAGUCUGAGGCAUUGUUUAAGCGCCGGUGAGCCCAUCAACCCAGAAGUCAUGGACGAGUGGAAACAAGGCACUGGGCUUGAGAUCCGAGAAGGAUAUGGUCAGACAGAAACGACUCUUCUUUGUGGUACGUUUCGCUGCAUCGAAAAUCGUCCAGGAUCGAUGGGUAAACCGGCUCCUGGCUACGAUGUCAAGAUAAUAGAUAAUGAUUGUAAUGAGUGCGCACCUGGAAAUGAAGGCGAUAUUGCUGUUCUUGUCAAACCACGUAGACCUAUAGGACUAUUUACCGAGUACAAGGACGACCCAGAACGAACAUCAUCAGUCUAUCGGGGUGAUUACUACCUGACAGGAGAUCGCGGAAUUCGCGACGAGGAUGGCUACCUGUGGUUUGUCGGUAGAGCUGAUGACGUCAUUUUAUCUUCUGGAUAUCGUAUCGGACCUUUUGAAGUUGAGAGCGCGCUUAUCGAACACCCUGCAGUAGCCGAAUCAGCUGUCGUCAGCAGUCCUGAUACCGUCAGGGGAGAGAUUGUCAAGGCGUUUGUCAUUUUGGCACCGGAUUUUGAAGGAAAUAAAGAAGACCUGAUAGUUGAACUUCAGCGACACGUGAAAGAGACUACAGCACCUUACAAAUAUCCUAGAAAGAUCGAGUUCGUUGAUCAUCUACCAAAGACAGUGAGUGGAAAGAUUAGAAGAAAAGAACUGCGCGCCUUGGAAUGGGAUAAAGUGACGGAAGAGUAGUCGCAACAAGGCUAGUUACUCAGAGUUCAAGAACAUGAAACACUUGAACAAUGAUAGAACGGCUUAUGCGGUGAAGCUACACUUGUUAGCGUAGUGCAAUGAGAGUUUAAAGAUGGCCGGGGAGGGGAGUGAAGUAAAGGCACAAAUGUUUCAUAAUCUUCGUAGUGUAGGCUGUACGGCAACUUCCAAUGUCUUUCCUGCGAACAGAGUCCCUCGAUGUCUUAACCUAUGAAAUAUAUGUUAUUGUAGAACGUUUGCUUUCUUUCCUUCCCCCUCCAUGACAUCCCAGACUGAACGUGAGUCAAUAGUUGCGCAGAUGAUUGGGUCACGUCAAGGGCACUAGGACACCGAAUGUGGUUGGAUUUCUAUAGGUUUUUUUUUCCUUUCGAUCAUUUGAAUUAAAUCAACGUUGAUACUCGUUUACUUA